GUACGUUUCUCAUAUAUGCGGAUGAAGUAUCUCUUCAUCUCUUGGUUAGUAGUAUUUAUUGGCAGCUGGGUUAUGUAUGUUCAGUACUCCACCUACACAGAACUAUGCAGAGGACAUGACUGUAGGAAAAUAAUAUGUGAUAAAUACAAGACUGGAGUUAUUGAUGGGUCAGCAUGUAGCAGUCUUUGUGCUAAAGAAACACUGUAUUUUGGAAAAUGUUUGUCAACAAAGCCCAAUAACCAG